AAUAAAGUUCAGUAGGAUGAAUUACGCGGAAAAUUAACUUGAUGAACGAAGCCGAAUCUGUGACCAAGGAAAUUUGUUUGUAAAUAUGUUAGAAGUGAUGAAAUAAUGAAAAAGAACGUAUUGUUGAUUUUAAUGCUUUGGAUAACGGGUAGUUGUAGUGUUUUAGAUUCUGUCGCUGCUGACGAUUUUGAUGAAUAUCAUGAGCACGCAAAAGAAGUGCUAGCGAAUUGCGUUCACGACGUGGCCCCUCGAUUCGGUAAAAGAAUUUGUGAUUGUGGUUAUCGAGACGAGGAAUAUAUAGCACCCAAGUUUGAAGGAAGUACAACAGAGAUCGAGAUAGCCAACUGUAAAUCGCUACGAAUUCGUCACGACAGCUUUACUGGCCUAUUUCAGCUAACUGGGUUGACCAUUAUCAAUGUGGAGAACCUUGUACUAGAACCGAACUCAUUAGAUUUUACGCGCAAUGAUCCGUUCGCCCGUUUAAAAAUAUAUUUCACAAACAGCCUCAUAGAAGAAGUGCCAUCCCACUUGAUGCGUGGAUUUAUAGCAGAACUGACGUUCACAAGAUGCCGUAUUGGCGUUUUCCGUCCAUACAGUAUAACGAGUAUCCGCGAGCAGCUCGAGAGCUUGAAUAUUUUGGAGAGCUUCGUCAACAAAAUCGAACGUCACGCUUUUAAACGUUUUGAUGUUAGCCAAUUAACCAUCGAAGGAACAAAAUUCAUUACACCAAUCCCGUUUCAAAGUUUCUACGAAAUUGAUGUGCUGAACCGGUUUAUUAUGAGUAACAGUUCAUUAUAUUCUCUCCUACCGGGCGCAUUCACAAUGAAAAAUGUUACAAACUUAAUUAUAGUAAAUAGUGAAUUUGACAAUUUAUCCGGAGAUUGCCUUAGUAUGCAUAUUCGUAAUAGUGUUCGUAUGGUUGGUAUUUAUUUCAACAGAAUUGACUAUGCAGCAUUCCGGGGGAUAACACUCGAUAGUUCCUACUAUAGUAGACAUUCGGAGAAACCAUACCUAUUGUUCCAUAACAAUAGAAUAAGGCAUUUGGAGGAUGCGAGAUCAUUGGCAUUUUCGAACGAUUUCAACACUCAGCUACGAGGGAUUCACGUCGAGCAGAGCAUAACCUGCAAGGAUGUUGUUUCACUGAAGCAGUCCAGCCUAUUGUUUAAUCACUCCGACGAAAUAUUUUUUGUGUCGUCAAAAGAAUCAUUUCAAUCUCUUCAUGAUAUCCAAAGAGUACAAUGCUUAGAGAAUAAUUUUUGGUUAUACUUGAUAGUAGGCGUGACUGUAGCGUCGAUCAUACUAGUGACGAUCGUGUUACUGAUAUCGUGGUACUGUAUGGCACAGAAGCGAAAACAACGCCAAAUGUUAAACAUAGUUAUGCCUGAGCCACGUACGUAUCGCGAAACUCAAAUCAUAAUGCAAAUUGAAAAUCACGGACUGUUGAAAACAGAUCUGUAGAAUGUUACUAAAUUAAUGAUAUUCAAUGUGAUUUUGUAGAUACUAUCGUAUGAAUCGUCAGUAUAUACCAAAUAUACGAAGUAAAAUUAGUUCAAUGUUUCACAUUAUUACUGCGUUAUUUAGGCCAGUACCAAUUACACUCUUUUUUCUUGUAGAAUACAUCCAACUUCGCCAUAUAGGAGUCGGUAAUGGCAGUAAAAUCUGUUUAAUUUAGAAUCUGACUGCUUCCCUUGUAAAACUGUCGUAACGAGAAACUAAACAUUAUAAUGGCAGCGUUUAGAUCGGGAUGGAUUAUUUACUGACAACGAACUAUAUAUAUCAGGACUAUCAAUUUUCACUACCAUUACCUUAACCACAAGCGGUUGUCAAAUUUGUGCCAGUUUUCAGGUUAUAAGGGCAACUUCAAAACAGCUUCUAGCACCCCAAAAUAAACUUUACGCUAGUCACCCGUUAGUGCAAGAAACAAAGAAUAUCUGAUCGCAUGCAUCAAUACAGUUUUAACGAUGAUGACUUUGAUGUGAAAGACAUGGAAGAAGUAAAUGAACCACAAGAUGCAGUAGGCGAGUAGCGAAAUAUUUCCUCACCGCGAAAGAAGGACUCCGAGCGCAAUAGAAAGUUGCGUGCCCAAAAUCCAGCUGUAUAUUUGUUUUUUUUUAAAUAUUGUAAAUAACUUCUCAUCUCGCCCAAAGCAGACGCAAAAAAAUCGCUGCACUAUAGAAAUCAGUGUAGCAAGCAAGCGCUUUGUUCGUUAUCCAGUGCACAAACAGUAUUGUGUCGUUGCCACUCGACUGCGCAGUGAAAUCAGUCAACCAAGGUAAAUAAAAGUGCCCGCAAUGUUGAUGAACUUUAACCUUCCGGCAGUCGCGUUAGUGCACAUAGUGCACGCUGCUCUGAAAAUGUAGCAAAAAUUUCUUAGAGCAGCUGCGGCUGCUCGUUCAGUGAGCCAUUUGCGCGACUUCCGGAGGGUUGAGAACCAAAUACGCACUUCAAAUGCACGUAAAAAUCAAUCAUAUUUUUAACAUUCUUUACACACAUGUUUACAAAGCUAAUAACGUAUUAAAUGUAUGUUAAUCUUCAAAACCUAUUUUUGAAAAUAUCACUAGAUACAGAAAAGUCAAAAUCUAAAAAAUAUCAAAAUACGUAUAAAGACACUACAUAUUGCCGUGAUCAAUUCAGUCUAGUUUAUACUCGGAGCGCGCCUAAAAUGAAGCCUAAAAAUACACGAUUCUAUUGUUAUUACUUAUUAAGGCUUUGACAUCAAGAGCAUUCGCCUUUUUUGAAAAAAUUAUACAUUUCAAAGAUACGAAAUUACAAUUCAUGAAAGAAAAAAAAACUUAAAUGUUAUUGCUGUUGUCUAUCAUGUGCGCACUGCAUUCCUUAGUUAACUUUCUUUGUGUUCUUACCAGGCGUUUGCUGCCGCAUAACUGUCCCAUGUACUAUGGGCUUCCCUAUACAGAUGGGAAAAUUAUGCGUAGAGUUAGUGGCAGUUUGGUUCUUAUACAAAAAAAAACUGUUUCAAAUUACGUUCCUCGUAAACAGAAUUACUGUGCUUACUAUCGAGACAUCCUUCGGUACCAGCACGUUGUUUAACGUUCAUGCAAGAUGUGUGACUUUUUGGAUUUUAGUGUUAACUAGCGCCACUUUGGUGCUGGUUUGUGAUGUGUCCACCUAUACAUAGAGUGCAGUAAUCUGAACUCACCUUUUAAAAUGUAUACUCAUUGAGCGUGUAACGGAUAGUAACGCUAUCUGUGAUCGAGAAACAGACAGGAAAUAAAACUUU